AUGGCCGGGGAACCUGCGAAGCCAGCCACCGGCACGCAACGGCCCAAUUUCCUGAUCAUCGUGGCCGACGACCUGGGCUUCUCGGACGUGGGCGCAUUCGGCGGGGAGAUCAAGACGCCCAACAUCGACAGCCUGGCCCGUGAUGGGAUACGACUGACAGACUUCCACGCAGCUGCGGCGUGUUCGCCGACACGGUCAAUGCUGUUGAGCGGCACAGAUAACCGCGAGUAUUACCCCGGGGAAUUGAUCCUCAAGCUGGAAUAA